UUUUUCCUCUUUUUUUUUUUGCUAAGAAUGUUAAUAUCAUUAACUAAUAAUGAAAGAGAUUACAAGUUGUGAAACCUGAACCAAAGAGCUUCGAGAAGCUAGUUUAGUUUUACAAGCCGCAAAAAAAGUUAAAAAAGCUUGUAGAACAUGAUAGGACUAAUCUAGUAAACUAGAUUAAUGCUAAAACUAAAGAUGUGUUGUUUGCACUUAUACAUUUGAAGAGUUGUAGUGGCUGAACCACCUUAAGCUGGAACCUGCAAAAGGAAACAUUAGGUCUCAAAGAAGACUGAUAACCAGAGGACCCCAUGGGCGGGAGGCUGCAAUCGUAUUAGCCGGAAGAGGUGACCAAGCUCUGCAUCAGCCCAUACAACGCUACCGACUCCGGGAAUACCAACAACAGCAAGCCUUGAGAGACUCUUGAGCUUCACGGUGUGGAAGCAGGCGGUAGGGAAACGGCAUAAACCGGCCACAGACCAAGUCGGAAGACUCGACGAGACUCAAAGAAAGGCAGCUAACAUCUUUGGGCAGCCAUAAAACAAUUAAAUGAUUUUAGGACAGUGAGAGGCAGAGCUCUCAAAUCAGGCGAGAGCUACGGCGAAGGUGAGAAACUCCAGACGCCACGGCGGCUUAACUACAGAACAGCCCAAGAUCCCUUGCCGAUCUGCGAAGAGGAGGAGCUCACCGGAACCAAAAGCACCAUACGCACUGCUGUGCAAAGAGACAGAUCUAGUAACAGAGUAAACCUCCACGAUGGCCUCUACACCGUGUACCUGCGGGAAACAGAGAAGAGGAACUCACACAGACCAGAGGAUAGCAAAACGACGACAGAGGGUCUGGAGGACGGUAAGGAAGGCUCCUGGCGAGGCAGCGACGCUCUCCGUUUCCGACAAACCGUGAACCCCUAGAUCUGACCCAAAUCUAAGAAAAGACCCUAUGUCGCGAGAGAUCUCCUACUGGCUCCACUAAUCGCUUCAGCUUGCUAAACCUCGCUUCUCCUCCAGCGGAUUGGCAGACGCCCGCCUUGCCGUUGAUAAGUCUCCGGCGAGCCGAAGAAGUCCAGAGGAGAAAAGCAUAUCGGAGUAGAUGGAGAGGAGAAGGAUUGGAGAGAGAGGCAAAAGAGAGGAAGAAGAAGAAGCUGGGGUGGCGAAGAAGACCAGUACAGCAAGCUUGCCGUCGAUCUCCUCCACCAGAUUAGAACCCAGAUGUUGACGACGCUAGGGUUUCAAGAGAUUUGGGGGGAGAGACUCUAGAGAGAAAACCUAACUUUCUCUCUCUCUCUUGUUUCUUCCUUUUUUUUGCGACCGUUGUAAUCACAUUCAGAAUCCCCUUUUUUCCUCUUGAACCAAAACCAAAACCAAAACCAAUUUCCUUUUCUUCACGCAUAUAUGCUUCUUGUUUCUUUCCACAUAAUAAGUAGAGUUAUAUUCUAGGGUGAACCUGUACCAAUAGGAAUUAAUUUAUUUCGUAUUCACUAUUUUUUUUAAAAAGAAACAAAAUAUCGUUAAUUUAUAUCAUGAUUUUAAAAGAAAAAGUAAAAAUAAAUUAAAAAAGCUCGAGAACAAUGAUAAAUAUUGUCGAAUUUCCCCAUGAAUUGAGCUCGAGAACGCUCUUUGCCUCCAGAGAUAGUAGCCUGACUUUGGUAUCAGCCAAUGAGAAAGUCAUUUACGUUUAUGCUCUCAAGAAUAUUCUCAGUGAUCCCAAGUGGGUCCUCGUGAAGCAGAUCCGAGUGACUCAUAUAAUGGGAACAGACUAUGAAAGUAGGUAUAAGUUUGAGAUCUACGGUGGAAACUCAUGGAGACGUCCGAAAACGACGCUUACUUGUCUCUCAAGUUUUCCACUGAAAACACCUGUUUACUUGGACGGGUCUCUUCACUGGCUGAGAAACGACGGAAGCAUCGUGUCUUUCAAUCUCGAAACAGAGCAUGCACGACUUAUUCCCAUCAGUUUUCCUCGGGGAUUGAGUUUAAAAACGCUAAUCACCUUAGGUAAUAAUGGACUAACUUUGAUAUCGGCAACGGAGGAAUACAUUUAUGUUUAUUCCCUUGAGAACAUUCUCCGUGAUCCUAAGUGGGUUUUUGUGAAGAAAAUCCAAAACAUAAUGAUGGACAAAAAGAAGCUUAGUUAUUGGAACGUAGAGGCUUACGAAGGCAAGUGUUUAGUGUUGAGGGAGGAUAGGGCGAAGGAAGAAGAACCACUUCUUUGCGACCAUGUGGUUCAUGUGUACGACUUGAGUACUAACAAGUGGGUAGUCAUGGGUUCGAUUCCAGGGUGGUGUAGUGUAAAUCACGAUUUUUUUCAGUUCACACCGUCGACUUCGUAUGUAGUGGGACUUGAUGAGAUUUUGCCUUGGGAUGGCGGACGCAUCUCCUCUCUAAGCACUAUUAUGGCACUGAUUGAUGGAAGCUCAUCAGAAAAUGUGGAAAAACAACUUAGGAAACGAUCAGACAGGACAUAGUUUUUUUUUCUGAGCAAAGUGCUAACAAGAAAAGAAGAGUGGUGUGAACAAAUCCGUAUCAUUUGAGGAACAUGUUGCGUCUUAAUUUGGCUAAUGAAUACUAUUUUAUGCUUUCUACUGUUAUGAUUGUGUGCUUGUUUAAAAAUUGAAAGUAUAUAUCAAUCAGUUUGCUUAGAAUCACUCAAACAACCAAAACCUUCAACAUUACAAUAGCCAACGGUUGUUCAAAUUUCCCAACAUAUAAAAUGGUUCAAAUCGUGUUUUAGUAAUGUAUGUUUCUUAUGCUAGUCUUCACAGUGUAUGAUGAUUCAUUUCAUCAAAUUGAGUUGAAAUUAUAAUGGGGAGGUUACAAAUCAAAUAGAUUACAAUGAUGCAACCUUUUGCUAUCACUGUUCUUUUUUGUUCUUUUUUUUUUCAAAUAUCUUGUUAGGAAAAGAAUGCUACCACUGAAAUGAGACCUGUAAAGUUCUCCCAGCAAACUAUCAGCACAUUGGUUACCAGACUGAUUGAUGUACGAUAACCUAAUGGACUUGAACAUCUUUUCCCAACAUUUAAUCGUGUAUUUGCAGUGGUGUAACUUCAGAUUGUACAUUUUAUCGUCUAGGACUCUAUUGAUGACAAAGAGCAACAUGCAUCGGUACUGGUCUAAUUUUGAGUAUCUCAAGUGCAAAUUAUAAUUAUUUUAUCAUGCUUCCAGUAAUUAGUUGAAUGUUAAUUUUUGUAAAACAUCAAGCCGCUUACAAGUAAACAGAUGGCACACUGCACAUGCUUGACAGUAUCUCAAGAGCCUUGCAUUGGGGUUGAUCCAAUUUAUUUAAGACCAUGAGAUAUAUAUUUGAUAAACUUAAAUAGAAUAAUGGGUUUAUAUAAAAAAAUCUAUGGAGGGUUCUCCUGAGAUAAAAGGGUUGUAAUUUUGAAUAAACUAUAUAUAGAACACACAACCAUCCUUAAAUUCUUGAUAGGCACCUUCAUCUCCAAUUUUUUUUUGUUUCUUCUUGGUUUCUUGAAGCCUAAUUUGUUCUGUAUAUCUUGAAAUGCCUUGAAACUAGCAAAGACACAUACGUCGAUUUAUCUCCCUCUGAAGGCUUCUCUUCUCCUUUGUCUAAAUCACCGUGGUCCGUACAAGUCGAUCGCAACGUCAUAGAACCUAAGAACAACUCUCCCAACAUUCUCAUGGGAUAUUCUUUAGCUACCUCAGGGGAUUUACUCUUUACAGGAUCAGACUCCAAGAACAUUAGGGUUUGGAAGAACCACAUCGAGUUCUCCACGUUAAAGUCUAAAGCGGUUUGGUUAAAGCUAUGGUUCUUGCAGCAGACAAGAUAUUCACCGGACAUCGAGACGGGAAGAUCCGUGUUUGGAAAAUCUUGUCUAAAGACUCGAGCGUUUUCCGUCUGGUAUAUUAUUAUCCAAUUCAAUGGCUUUUUUGGUAGAACCUAAAGGUAGGUCAGUUUCCAGUCCCCAAACCGAAUAAAUCCGCUAAUAUACCCAACGUCUCUACUGAAAUUAUGAUGAGAGGCUAUUCAUCCCGGAACUAGAAACUAAACAUUGAUCUGCCAUGUGGUUGACCCCAAAAGAAAUUAAUAAAAUGUGAAUAUGUGAUGUGGACACGUGGGUCAAAUCAGCCAUGAUAAACUCUGAAAUACACAACAAACCCAAAUCCAUGUACAAAUUUAUAGUUACAGAUUUUUCAGUCAAACAAAAAAAAAUAGUUAUAGAUUUGUUAAAUCUUCAAUUAUUUGCAAGAAUGCCAGGCAAGUGAACCAAAACGGAUCUCGACUCAGACAGGAUUUUAGGGUUACCAUUGGUGGAAAGGAACUGAAGAGCGCGCAAGGCCUUUAUUUUGAUGAUAAACCGAGGAGUCAAAGUCAGGCUUCGCAUCGUAUUGCUUCAGGAGUGACGGUGUGGUACUCUUUUGUGGCUUGCCACAUGAGCAGCUCGUGUGGCUAUGCGAAUGAGUGUCUCAAAGUCUUUGCUUCUUACAGUUCUUGUUUUUCUGUUUUGUCUCUUGACAUCUUUUGUAAGUUGAAGGGGAAGAUCAUCGGAUAAAGCCAUUGCUUUUGAGAGAAAAGGAAACAAGAGAUAGGUAGAGGCUGAGGAACAGAGUGCUGUGUGAGUAAGAGGAGACUUCGGUUCAUUAUAUUGACGAAAAUUUUCAAUAUUACUGGGAGAAAAAAGGUUUACUAUAUUCCUUUUCUUCACGCAUAUAUGCUUCUUAUUUCUUUCUCAAAGAUACAUGUGUUUCUUUUUUUUUUGUAAAAAUGUAAAGAUUAUUAUUACCAAUUUUUCAGUUUUUGACAAAAGUACAGUGACAACAAAAAGCGGAGAAAAUAAAAUAAAAAUUUAAACAACGACUCGAUCAUGACAAUACAGUGACAGACACAACAAGCAGAAGCCGCUCUUCGGAGGUCUCAACUAAUCCGUACCAACGCUUGCCGCAAAAGGAAGAACCACGGUUAAAACGAGAGUCGAAACCCGGUAAUUUUAGCCUCCCUGAUGAUCCGCUCUUUGUGAUGGUUCGACUAAGAACAGCUCGAGAUAGACAUCAUAAGCAUCCACCAACACAAAACAGACAGCUACUGAAGAGGCCAGUACGCCCGCAUUAACAAGACCAAACAUUUAUUCGGACGCAACACUUCCAAUGCGCCAAGAAACUGCACAAAACAGGGCGAUAAGCAGCCGCAGCUCCACACUUUGCACUUCGGGCCACCACACGAGCCGGAAGAACACAUCCACAAGAGCUAAGAGCGCCCGCGAGCUUGGCUCAAGUGCUGGGAUGACGAGUUCAAGCACAUGGAAAACACGAGACGCAUCCUAACUGAAUGACCCAGCGGUUAAGAGAAUCUCGACAUGGACAGUCUCUGAGAACCAGAGAAGCUGACCGACUCGAACGGAAUCAGAAGUAAACGAUGAAGAAUAGCCGUUGAAAGGACACCGGAGGAGACUCGAAGAGUUCCUUUACGAGCGCAAAGGGGAACGCCAAGACCAGAGGGGGACAAGCAAGCAGCCCGUGAAGAGGUUCCGAACCCAAGCCAUAGACGACUUCUUGUCGGAGACCCAAUCGUCGGGGCACGCGCCAAGAUGAAGACCACCGGAGAUGACACACGACGAAUCUGAAUAGUCUUACAAACACGCCGAUGGAGAAGACCCACACCGCACCUACUGAGCGUUGGACAACCUGAACCGCCCUACGACGAGACACCACGCGUAGGGAAAGCUCACGCGCCGCCGAACAUCUCCACAGGGACAACGAGAAGAGACGGGAGACAGGUAGACGAGCAGAUCCCGAGCGGAGAAGCCACCCCUCCAGAGCACGCGCUACGAAUCAUUGGGAUUUGUUGUAGAUCUAAGAAUGAAAAUCGACCACCAACAGAUCCCAACCCCAAAAUCCGACCCUUACCACCAGCCACCGCUACACCUACCUCGCAUCUUCACCAGGAAAUCAAGACGGCCGUCGGCUUCAGCCUAGGCUCCUCCACCGACGAAGCUCGAGACCCAGGGACAUACACAUAUCGGAGGCAGCCAGAGGAAGUCAUAAGAGCAAAAGAGAAAAGGGAGAUAAGGGGAGAGGAGCCCUCCGGCAACGUCAAACGGACAGCCGUGCCGGAGGCAAACUGAGGUUACGACUUCUUUGAGAGCAAGGGUUAGAGAGAUAAGGUUAGAGAGAUCGAGCGGAGAAAAUGAUAUAAAAUACAAACAGUUAAGAGAAUUCAGGGAUACAUACUAAGACUAUAGGAGAAUAUACCCGAGGAUAUCUAAUCUAAUAACAGAAUACUAGACUCUGACUCGCGCACCAGCGCGGUUAUAAAUUUUUGGUUUUUGGUUAUUUAUCUACUAAAUGAUGUAUUUAUAAUAUUUGAUGUAUUAUAUUCACCAAGUAAAUAAUUUUUUGGUAUCUUAAACCAUUUAUUUAUGACGAAUAUUCUAUAUCAUAUAAAAAAUAUAACAAACAGACGUAAUUAGAGAAUUGUAAACGAUAUAUAAAAAUAAUGGUUAUUAAUGUAAAAUAUGAAGAAAUAUUAUAUUAUGACUUAGUAUGACAGAAAAGAUUAUAAAUUAGUUAUACAUGUUUAAAGAAAAUACAAUGAUUUUUAAACUUCUAUGAAAAAUUUAACAUAUAAAAAAGGGCGAUGAAUUAGUCAUGAAAUUGUAAAUAAUUUCAUAAUUUUAUUAAUAAUAAAUUAUUUAUAGUCUUUGUUUUUCGUCAAGAUAAUUAUUAAAUGUCCAUAACAUUAAUAUGUUAAAAGACCAUAUUAUGAAAGCCCAUGUUGUAACCGUUUUUUUCCGGGAAGUGUAACAAAAAAAUUACAUUUAACUCUUCAAUUUGUUUAAGUUCUUUGUCGGUAAAAGAUU